AAGAACUAGCACUGCAAAGAAGACAGCCUCUGAUGUGACCAAGCACUAACAAAACAAUUGAUUGAUAAAGGAUAGAAGAUUCCUGGUGCUUAAAUGAUGCGGUUGUUGGAUACGUUCCGUAUUGUGGGUCAAGGUAAAAUCAAGUACUCCCUGGAAGUUGUGGCAUUUGGUGAACAGUAAACACCAUUGUUGACAGAUGAUAGGAAGUACUGUUUGAUAGCAUAGUUGGAGGUGGUUUAUCUGUUUAGGCAGCAAUUUGUACGGUCCCGACCAGCAUGUUAUUGAACAACUUACUACUGAGAAGCCAUGGUCCCCAUAUUGUAUGUUGAGAUCCAAAAUCAAAGGUAACACUUUCACAUAUUAAAAUGCUUUAGGGGGUUAGAAAAGUUUGUUCGAGACUUGAACAGGAGGAAAUCCAAAAGCAAUUCCAAUGAUGAAAGGUGAAGCAAGAUCAUAUGCAGCCUCAUCAUGAAAAUAUUUAAAUGCAUUGUGGGUUCCAUUGGCUCUCUUUAUUUUUCUUACUUUCUCUAACAAACGAAAGGAAAGCCAGAUAUGGUAAUUUUACAAGUUUUUGUUGCCAUAUUUCAGCUUUCCCAUUGUCUUCUUGUGUUCAACUUUGGUGGUGGUUAGGUCCUACCAUUUCCACUGUGAAAGGCUAGGACCCUACAAUCUAAGCAUCACAUCCAUCCAUUCUAUGCCAAAACCUAAAAAAACAAACAAAAAAAAGUUCUGGUACUCUAUAUAUCCUUAUAUAUGAAGCACAAACCUAGCUAAGCGAACGGGUCUAAAUAUCUUUUUGUCAGAUUUCAUGGUGACCAAACAUUUCGAGACCCUGAGAGGAAAACUAGCAGGUUUCAGCAUCUUUCCUCUUAGGGGCUUCAUCAAUGGUUGUCAUGAUCAUACACAGACAUCAGGAUUUGAAAGCAGAGACUUGAACUUGAGUGACAGGCCAAUUGAACUGCAGAUAAGGGUUGGAUCAAUACUGAAAAAGGUGCAUACGUUGAAGCCUUGUUCUUCUAAGAGACUAAAAUGCAAGAGCAUAUACAAAGCCUACAUGCCUAAUAGGAGUGGCAGUACUAGUUGGAGGUAUGAAGAGCAAUAUUACUAUGAUGAAGCACGUCACCUUUACAUUUGGGUGCACGACACUGGAGCUGAUUUCUCUAGGAUGGUCAAGCAGCAAUAUAUUAGCCUUGAGGAUCUGAGGGAUUAUUCUAAGAAUAGAAUUUCCAGGGAUCAUCAAAGAGGCUGCAUAUCCGUCUGCAAGAAACCCAGGCCUAGUUUUUGUUGACUUUUCAUUGAAUUUAUAUAGUUUGUGUUGGGUGGUUAAUGAAAAUCAAAGCUUGUUUUCUUGUCCACAUCUUUAACAUUAAUUUCAAUUUGUCUUGCUUCUUAAUUAAUUAUGUGUCUUGAAAA